UUCCCUCCAUACCUAUAAUUUAUCAAUGGAAAAUAUUACAAAUAAAUAAUAAUCAUGAUUACAUUACAAAAAACAUUUUUAUAUGUGUCAAUGGCUAGCUUUGUUUUGUUUAUUAUGUACUUCAUCAGCUUAUCUCAAAAUUCUGUGCCGCAUCAAAGACUGUUUACAGAGCAAGGAGCACUUUCUUAUUCAUCCUGGCCUCACUUCAGAUCUAAAUCAAACAAUGAUCAGGCUCUAUACCACAAUUGUUGGAGUAUGGAUGUCAAGCUAGAUGUUCAUGACAUGUUAGUGCAUCAGCUGUCCAAACUUCCCACCUCAAAAGUUGAAUCAUGCCGUGACUUAGAUCUUCUUAUCAAGAGCGUUUAUAGCAUCAACAGCAGAUCAUCAACAAGGCUGGAACUUCCUCCAAUCUUUGCUGCUCAAGUCAAGUCUUGGCUUGGUAACAGUGACAAGCUCCUCCAUAAGUUACAUCAACAGGAAGUAAUCCACGUGUCACAGCAUAUGACAGGCGAGCAUGUUGUCUACAACCCUGUCAGGAGCCACCGUCCAAUGCCUCAUACUGCUGAAUCUGGACAAAUGCUGGUUGACAGACUGGCAUUGGAAACACAAGUUGCUUGUGACUUCUGCAAUGUUGAUACCAGAACUGCCUUUGAUGGUUUUGCCAGACAUGAAACAAACUCAAGUGUACGCGUGAGUAACACUUUUAAGAUGGAGCGCUGGCACUUGAUGGUGGUGACCAAGUCUCCCCAUCACCAUCCCACCAAGAUGUCACGCUCUCUCUACACGGCAUUUGUCAGUGAUGCCGUCCUAUUGGCUCGCGAGAUCAUGGCUACUGAACUUAACAUGAGUCAUCCUCACCUUGCAUGGGACACGCUACCAAAAGCGGGAGCGUCGCAGAUGCACCCACACAUCCACGUGCUGGCCGCUCCUCUCCGCUACUAUGGCUUCACAGAGCUCCUCAGAGAAGCCGGGGAGGUCCACUACCGCAGCACAGGCCGUAACCUCUUCAACUCGAUGCUUGAGGUUCACUGGUCCCUCAACCUCACAGCUUCCUACGGCGACGCCACAGCCCUGGCAAUGCUGUCAGGCAAAGGCGACCUGGAGGUCAUGGUUCUCAGUGAAGAACCUGGCAAUGACCUCUACAGUCUCAUGUACUUCGUAACCAAAGCCUACCACGACUCUUUCGAGCAGUAUUGCUACUCCCUGGUCAUGUCGUGGCACGGCGACAAGAAGAGCAACGUUGGAGUAAUGCCCGCCAUGGCCCGCAUUAUGAGUCGCGGUGACUGCAGCUCUCCAAGAGCUGACUACUCUUCGUUUGAAAUUUAUCAGGCCGUCUACCGCCAGCACGACCCGUGGGAGGUCAUCAACGCUGUUCGCUUAGCUAUCAAGCAAUAUUCCUGAGCACGACACGCCUCUCCUGGGGCUGUACCAUCAAAAAUAGUUAUGAGUUCGUAACUUCGUCAGCCAAUCACCGACAGCCGUAC